UAUAUUCUGUUCCUAGCAUCCUUAGGAAAAGGAAGUGGCUAAAUUUGGGGUUUGCAUUAGCCUUUCCUGUCCUAACUUCCAUUUGUAUACAGAAGCAUGAGGACUGCUGGAGAGAGUUCCCAAAUUGGGGAGGGGGUUCAAGCAAUGCACAUGAAGACUUAACACUUCAGUGGGCCAUGUAGUGAAGAUGGAGAAACUUUUUUUUGUCUACAGCCCUGGUACAGGCACCCCCCCAGCCAAACAAACACAAAUCUAGUUACAAUUGCUCAUUAGUGUGACUUGUGAGAAAAAUGUCAAGAGAUACUAAGAAUCCAUUUUAUUGUCUAUCCAGGAUUGAAAAUUUGUCAGUGGUGAUCCACAGCUCUCCAGUGAAAAUUUAGACAACCCAGUAAGUAGUAGCAGUCAACCUAUGUGCAACAAGCUGUCCUCUCCGAUGCAAGAAUAAUGUUUACUUAGCAUGUGCUACUGUGUAGUAACAAGUUAAAACUUCAGAUUUUUUCGUCUGUCUCAUCAUAAAUAUGUGAAAAAUGCAAUGCAUAUUAUGCGUGCACUUAAUGCAUGCCAGCAGCUUCUCCUAGUUUUGAUACUGAUGUCUGGAAAACCUGAUAACUAGUCUAUGGAAAACACGAAGAUGGUUAACUUUAUUGAAUUCGUCUGCGAAGUAUGAGAUGCACCCUAGAUCCUUGAAUUUGUAAUAUGCUGUUGUACAAAAACUGAGAGUUACUUUACCUUGAAGAGACUGAAUACUGGUGAAGACACUGGGAUAAGUCAAAGAGGACCCUCCAAAGCUAUCAGUAUUCAAGCAAUUAUUGCCUCAUUACUUUAAGUUAGAGGCAACAAACUAUUUGAAUGUUAAUUUUUUCCCCCUAGGCCUUUCCUAGCCUUUAUGGUAGGAAAGGAACCACUGGAGACUUGGAGAUUCUGACAGCUGCAGAAAUAGCCCGCAAAGAAUGGAGCCAUCCCUGCUUCUCUGAAUAUAUCGACUUGUAAUAAAUAACUUGUUCCAAUACAAACAGAGAAGUUGACACUUCAUGCAAGCUUUUGGAAAAAAAACUGCCCUGAGACAUUUGCAACUGCAUACACUUCUCACUAGGGUAUUGAAAGUAUUAAAAGAGGUGUUCUGCUGUACACAGGCUUUGACUACAAUAUGAAGUGGGUGGUGUCUAAGAGUCUUCAGAUAUAUUUGCGGCUUCUUGCUGGAUUUCUGUAGCUUUAUAACUGAUGUUCUGUGUUAACUGGUGUAUUUUCAAUCCUGAAUAUGUUUUUUCUAUUUUUAAACAUUGCCCAAUCCAAGAAACUCCAGAGAAGAUAACUUCCUUUCAGUGAGGCCACAGAAAGAUUUUGAAAUGCUGAUCUCUGUCAUAGUUGUUAAUAUUGGAGUUAAUAUACAGAUACGAUCUUAAAGCUGCUCCAGAAGGCAAGCUGUCCUAUCAUUAGACUAUGAUUUUUGGUGUUUCCUUGAGCUCUUAUAGAGGAGAAGGAAGGAAAAAGAAGAGUGAUUUGAGAAAUACAAGCCUGCUGUUCCACCAGUGAUGGCCAUGAUUGGGGAGAUGGGGAAUUUGGUCUGAAAAGAUGACUAGCACUCUGCUAUGAGUCAAUUAGAAGCUCUUUUGGAAAGAGGAAAACCUAUUGUAAACAACAGUCUGUCUUCCAAAUGAAUUAAUAUUGUCAAAGCUAUUAUUGGACAACAGAUGCCAGGCAAAAUUAUUAUAUCUGGUCUAAGACAGUUGUUUCCAAAACAGAAAGAUACUAGAAAACUGUGAUUAAAUCUGAGACUCCAACUCUUUAAAUGAAAGGCUUCGGCUGCAUUUAACCCUUCUUUUACCUAUACAUGACUUGCAUUUUUGUGUAACAGCAGCACACUAUUUGCCUUGUAAUGGAGCGUGUUCAACUCAGCCAGUCCGUCUGAGUGGAUUUCCAUCAAUACUGCAUCCUCUACAAGCAGUAUGGGAAGAUACUGGAAUGUGCUGACACACGCUUGGCUAUGAAGCAAUUCUGCCUGGGAGCAGGUUAUUUCCUAAUUGUUCACCACUUGUUUUCUUGAGUCACAUCUAUUGUGUGUCAUGCAACCAAGAGCACAUGUCAUUCAGAGACAGGAUGAGCCACGCGGGUUCAUAGUGGAGCACAAAACGACUUCUACCUUCUGAGGGAGAGAAGAACCGCUGAUAGAAACGAAUUUUAACUGGCUUGUUUUGAAAUAUCUGUUGUUCCUCAAACAGGCCACUUCAACUGAAGUCAAAGCUUCAUCUUGUAAGGCCCUACUCAAGGCUGAAAAGAUUACUGACUAGACUUUCAGUAAUCCAAAAGCUAGUAUUAACUAGCAUCUGCCUUUGAUGAAUGCUGUAAAAAUUAAAAAUGUACACUGGCUUCCUUCCCAGCUCCUGGUGACGAAAUACGGAUGCUGUGCUGAAACUGCUGCUUUAUUUCACCGUUUGUCCCCAAACUCAGUGAUGUGGAUAUACAAAUGCUAAAGCUGAAAUAAAUAGAGGUGUGCAGCUCAUUUGUUUCUAUAGAAAUAACUUUUCAUCCUUAAGUUAUUUCUGUGUAGAUGACAGGCUGCAGAACAUUAGCACAGCAAUGGAAAUAUGCUGUGUAGGACUCCUAUUUGUUUGUAUAUGGGGCUAACAGAAAGGGCGUUUAUGUGUAUGCACAGUUUUUGAUUUUCAGAGUGAAUUUCCUUUCCUGUCUGAAAUCCCAUGUCAUGCAGAGUUGUGUGGGGCUGCAGUCUUUACUGCACCAGGACAGCUUGCAUCUUUUUCAGGCAUCAUGGGAAAGCUAGUCAUUGUGGUGAUUAAUACCAAGAAGUAGCAUGCUAACAUGAAGAGAUGAGCACUGAACGUGUCCUCAGCUGACUGUACUUGGACUCUGAAGUCAGGCUUGAAGAGAUGGCAUCGUUUGUUAGGACAAAAGUGCGAUCACGUUAGCUGUGGAGCCAUUACCCUGAUGCGUAUGGAUCCUCAACGCAGAGUUAAAAGAUCCUAAUGUUGAUCACCUUGAAUAAUUGGAUUCUACUGGAUCUACUGGAUCACGGAGAUCGUGGGUGAUGCUGUACAUAUCAUUGGAGACGAGCUUCUCACAAGUGGCCUCAAUCCAUGUGUUCAUUCACUGAUGUCCAGCUUGUUACUUCGUGAUCUUACUCAGCAAAGUGACCAAGGCUUGCAGCAGUGACCGAAGUCAGAAGGAGCUGACUUCUGAACAUACCAGGCAGGAUGAAAGACCGGCUAAAUGAGCUGCGUGAAUUUGCCAGGUUACACAACCAACAGUUUUCUGAUAGUGAGGAGGAUGAAAAUUCACCCCAUGAUGUUCUCCUUUAUGAGACUGAUUAUGCCUUGGAAAUUCUUCAUAAAGACAUACAGAACAUUCGGACAGAAAAUGACCACCUAAAAGAGGAUGUCAAGCGGCUCAGAAAGCAAAACAGCCGCUUCCUUACUUCCAUGCGCCGUCUUAGUAGCAUCAAACGAGAUACUAAUUGUAUUGCCAGAGACAUCAAGGCCCGCGGAGAAAGCAUCCACAGGAAACUCCAGAUAAUGAGAGAUUUCAGCGAAGAUGCGAUAACAAAAUACGGGGCUAUGUCUGUCAUUGCCAGGGUGGCGAAGAACCACUACGUUGACCUCAUGCAUGCAUUUCAGGAAGCUAUGUUUGAAUACAAUGCAACAGAGAUGAACCAACGGGAGAACUGCAAGAUUCGAAUUCAGCGGCAGCUAGAGAUCAUGGGCAAAGAUGUUUCUGGCAACCAGAUUGAGGAGAUGAUUGAGCAAGGCAAGUGGGAUGUCUUCUCUGAGAAUCUCUUGUCGGAUGUUAAGGGGGCUCGCUCAGCCUUGAAUGAGAUAGAGACACGUCAUAAGGAGCUGGUGAAGUUAGAAGGACGCAUUAAGGAAGUUCACGAGCUCUUUCUGCAGGUGGCUCUGCUAGUGGAGGAACAGGCGGACACCUUCGAUGUCAUUGAGAUAAAUAUGCAAAAUGUUGAGGACUAUGUAGGAGAAGCUAAAGAGCAAGUGAAAAAAGCUUUGGAAUACAGAAGAAAACACCCCUUCAGAACAAUCCUCUGCUGCUGCUUAUCCUGUUGCAGAAGGUGACUAUCCCACUGAAGCUAUCACUGACCGACUCAAAUGUCUUCAAAAUCAGGCAUUCUUUCCAGUGACUUCUCUGUAAUGACAACCCCUAUAACGGGGGGGGAAGCUAUUUUGCAGUUGGUUUUGUUCAUUGCCUUUUUUCCUAAAUGUGCUGAAGGCUGUUCUAUUUGAGAACUCCUAGAAAUGUUGAUAAACCAUUUUUAAUCUAUUUUUAAUUGAAAUGUACUCUGUUGCUGUAAGUAAAGGUGCAAGAAGGUCUCUGCAGUGAUACUUGUUUCAAAUAGGCAAGAAAGAGGAAUGAAUGAUGGGAU